AUGGACGCUUUGCUGCGAGCAGCUCUGCUGAGACGGCAAGAUGAUGAUGCUGCAGGCUCCGCCCAAGACGAACCAUCAACCGUCACUGUCGACUGCGACUCUGGUAACGAGUUCGACGGCCGGCUUGGCCUUCGCGUCUCGGCAAUCUUUGUCAUCUUGGUUUCGUCUCUGCUCGGCGCGCUCCUGCCGGUGGUCCUUGCCAGAAGCCGGCACGUCAAUGUACCCUCGUCCUUCUUCUUCGUCGCCAAGUACUUCGGUACUGGUGUCAUUAUCGCAACUUCGAUCAUGCACUUGCUGGUGCCUGCCUUCGAUGCACUUAGUUCGCCCUGUCUUCAAGACUACGACAUCUCGGCAUACCCUUGGGCUGGCGGCAUCUGUUUCAUGACCAUCAUGGUUAUGUUCUUCAUCGAGGUCAUUAUCAGCCACUAUGACCUCUUCGGAGGCAGCAGUCAUAGCCACGGGAAUGAGCCUAGUGACCCUUCUCUCGGCAUGCUUAAGUCUGGCACAAUCAGCACUUCUCCCUCGCCUUCCCAAGAUCAAGAUCUUGAGACCGGCACCCACAAGGGGCCUGCAAACUCUGGUCUGCCCGGUGAAGACCAUCUCGGCCACAACCGUGAGCACUCGGAAGGCGAAGCAGCAUUCGCUGCCCAAAUGACCGCCCUCUUCAUCCUCGAGUUUGGCGUCAUAUUUCACUCAAUCUUCAUUGGCCUUACCCUCGCAGUUGCCGGUGACGAGUUUGUCAUCCUAUACAUUGUCCUCGUCUUCCAUCAAAUGUUCGAAGGUCUCGGUUUGGGCUCCCGACUAGCGGUCGCCUCAUGGCCCAGAGGCAAGGGCUACAUGCCGUACUUGCUUGCCACACUUUACGCACUCAGCACACCUAUCGCCAUUGCCGCCGGUCUUGGAGUCCGCGAGACGCUAACGCCAGGUUCUAGUACCACCCUGAUCAUCAACGGAGUAUUCGACGCUAUUUCCGCGGGUAUUCUGUUGUACACAGGUCUUGUAGAACUGAUGGCACACGAGUUCAUGUUCUCGCCACAGAUGCAGAAAGCUGGUCUGAAGAUGAAAAUGUCAGCUCUAGGCUGCGUAUUCUUAGGUGGAGGUCUGAUGGCUCUGCUUGCCAAGUGGGCCUAG